GUGAAGAUAUUUGCCCCCAAUAUCGAGCAAAGGGAUGUAGUCAAUCACCUAAAAGGAAGUCCAACAGAAGAGAAGAGAAAUGUGUUAAUUGAAAGUGCCAGAUUGGCAAGAGGAAACAUUCAGGAUCUGGCUGAACUGAAAGCUGGUGAAUUUGAUGCGGUCAUUUUCCCUGGUGGUUUUGGUGUAGCAAAGAACCUGUGUUCCUGGGCAGUAGAUGGCAAGAACUGCACUGUCAAUGAGCACGUGAGCUCCACACUCCAAGCUUUCCACAGUGCUAAAAAGCCCAUUGGGUUGUGCUGCAUAUCGCCUGUCCUGGCAGCUAAAGUCUUUCCUGGUUGUGAGGUCACGGUCGGCCAAGAUAAAAACGUAGAUGGAAGAUUUCCUGAUGCUGAAACAGCAUCUGCUAUAGCAGAGCUUGGAUGUAAGCACAUUUGCAAAAAUGUAAAUGAAUCCCACGUGGAUAAAGCCAAUAAAAUAGUUACUACCUGUGCUUUCAUGUGCAAGGCUCCUCUGCAUGAAAUCUUUGAUGGAAUUGGAACAAUGGUACAAGAAGUCCUGAAACUUGCCUGACUGGAAGCCUACAGACUACUACAAGGAAUUCAGUUUGGCUAAGCAUAAGCCUUUGGUUGUAUUAGUAAAAUAAUGCAACUAUUAAACUUCA